GCAGCGCGGGGUCCUCAGCGCCGUGAGGGGAACGGGGCCGCCAUGUUGGGCCCGGGGGCGGCGGGACGGGUGCUGAGCCGGGCCCUGAGCCUGAGCCAUGGCCCGGCCUCGGUGGUGGUGGAGCGCGUGUGGCCGGUGCCGCUGGGCCGGGCAGGAGCCGCUCCCCGGCUGCACCCACGGCGACACCGGGUGUACCGAGUGCUGAGGGACGGCAAACACCAACCCCGGGGGGACAUGGAGCUGCUGCUGAGCCGGCCGUGCAGGGUGAGUGGGGGCCGUGGGGACGUGGUGAGGGUGAAGAAGAGCCUGGGCAGGAACAAACUGCUGCCCCAGGGCCUGGCUGUGUACCCAUCCCCGGAGAACCUGCGCCUCUUCCAGCAGGAGAAGGAGCAGGCUCAGCAGGGGAAGCUGGAGGAGCAAACCCAGAGCGGGCAGAAGACCCUGGAGUUCCUGAGGCGCUGCCGCCUCCAAGUGGGGAUGAAGAACAACGUGAGCUGGGAGCUCAGCCCCGACAUCGUGGCCAGGCACUUCCUCAAAAAUCUCGGGGUGUUUGUGCCCCCCCACGCCCUGCGGCUGCCACCGGAGCCCAUCACCCGCUGGGGACACUUCUGGUGUGACGUCACGGUGAACGGCCUGGACACUGUGCGGGUUCCCAUGGACGUGGUUCAGUUCCUGCACCCCAAAACCAAACGCUUCCGCCACUGGCAGCAGCAGCAGCAGCAGCAGCUGGAGAGCAGCAGGGAGAGGCUCCUCUGAACCCCCCCCAGGGUGGAUUUGGGGGUCCCCGGGAUGGAUUUGGGGUCCCCAGGUUGGAUUUGGGGUCCCCAGAAUGGAUUUGGGGCCAUUCCUCCUCUUUAGGAUCCCCCCUCAUCUCUGUGGAACUUGCAGAUAUCUGUGAGCUCCCAGAGCAGAUUUUGGGGUUUUUUUUGAGUCCCCCCCAAAUCCCUCUGAACCCCACUCUGGUCCAGGGGGGUCCUUGAGGUGGUUUUGGGGUCCCUGGGUGGAUUUGGGGUCCCCAGAAUGGACUUGGGGGCCAUUCCCCCUCUUUGGGUUCCCCUCUCACCUCUAUGGAACUCCAGACAUCUCCCAAUUCCCAGAGCAGAUUUUGGGGGUUUUUUUGAGCCCCCCCAAAUCCCUCUGAACCCCACUCUGGUCUGAGGGGUCCCUGGUGUGGUUUUGGGGUCCCUGGGGAGGUUUUGGGGUCCCCAGGGUGGAUUUGGGGUUCCAGAAUGGAUUUGGGGUCCUCAGAAUGGAUUUGGGGUCCCCGGGAUGGGAUUUGGGGUCAUUCCCCCUCUUUGGGUUCCCCUCUCACCUCUAUGGAACUCCAGACAUCGCCCAAUUCCCAGAGCAGAUUUUGGGGUUUUUUUUGAGCCCCCCCAAAUCCCUCUGAACCCCACUCUGGUCUGAGGGGUCCCUGGGGAGGUUUUGGGGUCCCCAGGUUGGAUUUGGGGUCCCCAGAAUGGAUUUGGGGCCAUUCCCUCCUCUUUAGGAUCCCCCCUCAUCUCUGUGGAACUUGCAGAUAUCUGUGAGCUCCCAGAGCAGAUUUUGGGGUUUUUUUUGAGUCCCCCCCAAAUCCCUCUGAACCCCACUCUGGUCCAGGGGGGUCCUUGAUGUAGUUUUGGGGUCCCUGGGGUGGUUUUGGGGUCCCUGGGGUGGAUUUGGGGUCCCUGGGAUGGCCAAGAUUUCCCCCCCCC